AUGGCCCCGCAGAGCGACCGCUCUCCGGACGAAGGGCAGCCGUAUUUCGGAGGCGCGGAGGAUCCCUCCCCGGCGGCCGGCGCGGUCUCCCCGGGCAGCCGGGGCGCCUCGCCCGCCCGCACCGCCCUGGCCCCGCGGGACGCGGCCCGCAGGAAGGGGAAGGCGCGGCGGGGCCGCGGCAAGGCGCGGAACGAGGGCUUGCUCAGCAAGCAGAAGAGGAGCCGGCGCAUGAAGGCAAACGACCGGGAGAGAAACCGCAUGCACCACCUCAACUCCGCCCUGGACGCUCUCCGCAGCGUCCUGCCCACCUUCCCCGACGACGCCAAGCUCACCAAGAUCGAGACGCUCCGCUUCGCGCACAACUACAUUUGGGCGCUCACGCAGAGCCUCCGCCUGGCCGAGCAGAACCUGCCCGAGCCCCCCCGCGCCGCCGCCGCCCCCCCGCCGCCGCCUCCCCCGCGCCCUGGGACUCGCCGUUCCGAGGAGGAGGAGGAGGAGGAGGAGGCAGCAAAGCGCUGUCCAUCCCUUGCACGGCUCUGGGAACCAGUGGGGGCUCCUGCCAGCCGAGCAGACGCUCUCAGCUCCUCCAGAGUGCCCGGGGCUCGCCAGGAUGCCCCAGAAACGCUGCCGGGCCAGGGCAGGAUGCUGGGCUGCCCGCACGUUUCGGGGUAG